AUGACGGUGUGCACCGCAUUUUAUGCGUCACCUAUUAUACAACUUAGUGCAAAAUCUCUUGAUACAUCUACUCCAAUGAAACAAGUGGCACAAGUAUUGAAUGUAUCAUCGCCUGCUAAUUGGGCCGAUUUUAUGGAUACACCAGUAACAGACGGCUCAAUUGGACAAGCUGAAGUUGGAAUUUCUACACUUGCUACCGUAAUGGCAAGUUGGUUUAUUCCAGAAGAAUUUCGUGUUAAAGCAGUUAAUAAUGUUAAAAUAUUAAUAGCAGCUGCAACGGAAGGAUCGUACAUAGCUCAAGCCUUUACGUUUAAUAUCCAAUCAGGCGCCUUGUUAACAACAUUAUUAAUUGUUGCAAAAAAGAUGCCUUCGCCAACUAAUUCAAAUUUACCAGUGGCAGCUACGGAUAAUGCAAAUUAUGUUGAACGAGGUAAUACACCGGAAGAAUUGAACAUAAUCAAGCAAAAAAUGACAGCCGAUCAAUUCAUUUGGUUCAAUGAACGAUCAUUGAGCAGCAUAGCAAAGCGUUCUUUGUCACUUAAUGAUAAUGAUAAUAAUAGUAGUAACAGUUUAACUGAAGCUGUCGAAAAAUAUUUGUCAAACAAUGCUAUGAAAGCUGAAGUGUUGACACCAUACAAUGAUUCAAUUUUAACAGCAUUACAAUCAAACAUCACAUUAUUGAAACUCUCAAGUCAAGCAUUGAAAUUGGCAAAAGUUGAACGUCAAAAUGUUGCCACAUUAUUAACAGCAUUAGCCACAGAGUAUGGUUUCGAUGACAUUUCUUCCAAUCCACAAUUUUUACAACAAUUACAAUCAUCACGGUUCUCAUACGAAAACUUAUAUACAUCUACAACUGACGAUAAAAACAAAGAUACAGUUAUCAAAUACAUUUGGAUACUUGGUCAAAAUCUUGAUAAUUUAACGUAUACAAUGAAUUUUCUAUACUUAAGUAUUACUUCACGAUCGUUAAUCGAAACACUACUGUACAAUAAUACAAACAACAAUGCUGGCAAUAAUGAACAAAUGAAAAUUGCGCGCACAUCAACUUUGGGAGAUAGUGGCGAAUUUUUGAAUGAACAUCUAUCAACAUUGAUUACACCAUGGAAACUAAAGACGACAAACAUUGCAUUAAAUAUUUUACGUUUCAUCGGUGCUAGUGUAUUGGUUCCACAAAAACAUCGAAUGCUGUCUUACUUUAACCCGAAAAUAAUUUCACCAGAAACAAACAGCAAUGGCAUUAAUGGUCACGAACCACGGUUUGUUGAUAAAAUUAUUGCCUUAGCUCAAGCUGUUUCAGCCGUUACUAAAGCUUGGAAAGAUGUUGUAAGUGCAUUCAAAACAAGUAGUUCUACCACUAUUACAAGAAUUACUCGAUUAGGUUUUACAUAUUUCCAUCAGAAAUCAACGAUUUUAAAGGCGAUCGAUAUACCAGCUGAUAAAGUACCUGAAUUUAUCAAUGCAAUCAUAAUCGAUUACAAUUUGCCAUCCAAAGGUAGUUUUAUGCUUGGUUUAACUUAUUCCGAUGAUUUUACUUGGGAUAGUAUUGAAUAUCUUUAUUCACCUGCAAUGGACGGUAAUUAUAGUUCUUUAACAUUGUUCAAAAAUGGCGAUAGUGUAAAAAAUACUGCUUCAUUCUUUAUUGUUGAUAUUGAUGCUAAUUGGCAAUUGGCACCUGAUUUGUUAUUGAUCCGGGAAUCGAAAAGUAUUUUGGGUGGUAUCUGGGAAGAAACGAAAGAAUCAAUACAAGAAGUAUCGCACAUUUUAACCAUGGAAGAAGCUGUACUAUUACAAAAAUUCUUCAUGGUAAUUGCGAUGGGUAACAUGGCUGCUACUUUUGGUAUUAAUGCGACCUAUCCGCAAUUGACAUAA